CGUGACAUACGGAGCAUUUGCUGGUUGGAUCGUCGUUGGUUCUUUCAUUCGUUCGCGUUGCCCCAUGACGCCUGGUUUAACUCGUCGUUGGGUUGUGAUUGGAUUCCACUAGAGCUUGUCUUACAGGAGAAGCGAAACAGCCUUUUUUUUAUCCCCCAACCCAUAAGUGAAGUUAUAAGCUGUAACUACUGCAAUAUCCGAAGGGAUGACCGGGCUACACGACAAGGAAGACGACGAAUGCGUUCGCCGUCGGGGAUACAAACGACCCUUGGAAACCGACAUCGGCGUCAGYAGCGGUUCCAAUAGCAUAAGCGAACAAAAAUCGAAGUCGAACGGGAUCACACACUUAAAAGACAACGGCGGCGACAACAACGGCAACAACAACGAUAACAACUACAAUGACGAUAACAUCUCACCGAAACAAGAUGYAUUGUACGGAGACACACACACAGYUUCUUCGCUGGGAAAGGGGGACAAGGAUUUUGUGCCAGCAACAAGCUCGAAUACGGACUUGCCCACACCCGACGAAAGCAGCGCAAGCUACGAUCGAUUGUUGCCCAAAGGGAUKGAGUUGAAAUGGAACSCCGAGCAGACGAGGGCCGUAUUGCACGUUUUGGAAGAUGCGGUAGUGGCGAACACAGAGGGAAACAACCACAUCAGGGAGUUUCGUGUGUGCCUCGUGGGCAGGGCCCGGGUCAGCGUCCUGGAGGGAUCGGCGGAAAUCUUGGGGCACGCCAUGACCKCACAACUCAAAGACCGAGGCGAAUCCGAAAGCGAAUCGGAACGCGAAACGAGUGAGGAGAGAACRCCGACYGGGAUAGUCGCCACGAGUCCCUUUUGGUCCAGCUGGACGACGAUCAUCGCCGAGCGCCGCGAUCUGCCCUGCCGCAUUGCUCUGGAGUGCAUCCGGGGUCCACAGAGCUUUAGGGUGAUGCCUCCCAGUCGCCCAGUUGUGAUCCCGUCCACUUGGAAAGCCUGUGUCGACGAGAUAUGCAGUAGCAUAGGUAGUGGUAGUGGUAGUGGCAGCUAUGRAUGCGAACGCAAACACCACAAUGGUAACCAUGRUUCAUCCAUAGAGGAUUGCCACAUCGGAGAUCCAUAUUUUCACCAAAACAGCAUCAGCAACAUCAACCACAACGAUACUCAUCGACGGGUGUGCAUGAUCACCGGUGCGAAAGGUGUCGGGAAGUCAACCCUUCUACGAUACACGACCAACCGUUUGUUGUCCUCGUUGGCCAACGACGUUCAUGGACACUACCACCGAGCCAUCGCAAUCCUCGAUACGGAUGUUGGACAGCCCGAAUUGGCGCCACCGGGGCUCUUGAGGCUGGCCAUCGUGCGCAAGCCCUUGUUGUGGCCACCCUAUUGGAACCUGGUAUCAGGAGGAGGUAGCAAUGAUGCGGCACAUGAUUGGCAGCAAGGAACGAGCAGCUGCUAUGGUCCCCAGYCACAACCUCCCAAACAAGUCCACUGUGACGAUGAAAGCGACUACGACAGCGAGGACAACGACGACGACGAAAACAGUGGAGGAUUUCAAGUGCUUUCCUCGGUGUUUUUCGGUGCCACUUCGUCCAAAGCCGACCCAGCGCGAUUCAUCAAGGGUGUUAGGCAUUUGAUAGAAAAAUACGAAACUGAGAUUCUUCCAUUAAAUAUUCCUCUAUUGGUCAACACGGAUGGAUGGGUCAAGGGAAUGGGGUACCAAAUCCUGACGACGCUGAUCGAUCAUCUCCGGCCAACGCACUUGGUACAGAUYCUCGGAGAAACCAAGGGACAUGCCUUCGAUCUUUCACAUACGGUUGCCCAUGCGGUGGUAGACGAGUGCGAUUCAUCGUCGUUGCCACCACCAAAACUGUAUCAACUGCCUGCAUGCCAGAGCCUACCUGGUGCUUCUCUAUGCAAGAUUCCUGCGGUGACGAUGAGAAACUUUCGCUGGGCGACCUACUUUUUGCCACGCCAGCUACAGACCUUUGAUGCCUGGGAUUUUGCUUCGGCUCGAUUGUUACAAACCGGAUGGGUGCUCGCUGCCAACUCGGACCGCACGACCACGGUUCCGAGUUGGUGGUCAUCUUUGCCGUCGUUGCUGGCACAAAACGACGGCAGCCACGGUGAUGAUASCAUUGGAUACACAAACGACGAAGCAGGAAACUCAAACACAAGUACCGAACCGUCGAACGACCACGGAGCGUUGGCCGACGAAUGCCGUUUAGCUCGUGCCUUGGCCAGAGAACGUCCGUAUUGUGUUCCAAUGGAAUCCGUCGACGCCUUCAUAAUUGGUUCAGAUUACGAAGACUUCUUGAACACAACAUCGGAUAGUAACACCAAUUAUACCGAGGAGUCCUUCGCGGAGCAGCACAUGCAGACAAACCAUCGGAUCUUCCAGGCGUUGAACGGCAGAAUUGUGGCGUUGUGUACUGAUAAAUCGAGCAUGGAAUCGCUCGGUUACGGCAUCCUCCGAUCCAUCGAUUGGGACAAGCGCUUGUUGUACGUCUUGGUGCCACCUUCGAUCCCGCCUUUCUCUUUACAUCAGGUCAAGGCCCUUGUGGGAGGUCACUUACCACUUCCGCUCGCCAUGCUGUACCGUGGAGCAUAUGGAGAAUCCUUUCCUUAUUUAACCAACACCCUUUCACAAGAGGGUGUUCUCGGAUCCGAACCAAUGAAAAGCAGGAACAACAUUGCCCGUAAAGGCUUGACGAACGCAGGCAAGGUUGCUACCUAACUAAAACUGACAAUGAUCGUUCCCAGUAUGUACCAACCGACUUGGAUGCGAUUUWWWAAAAAAMAAUACUGCUAUGGUUUAUGGGAACUAUUUAUACCGAGGUAAUGAUUCACGAAAUCGCUUGCUUUACCCGUGUCGACUUUCAUUGGGCACUACUUCAUCGUCUAAUGGGAUUGCAAUAUCGGGAACCGUAAUAAACAACAAGGUACCAACGAGAGGGACGACAGAUAGCGUUUGUGCAAAUGACCUAUUGCAUCUCGUCGUUUCCGAAGCAUGAGAACGAUUUCGCGAAACGCAMCAGUCGUCUGUUCUUUCGUUUACGGCAUUCUCAGCAAAUGUCACGCCAAACGAUACCACGGCAAAAUUUACCAACACUCCGACCACCAGGUACCACGCGUUGGACUCCACCAAAGCRUCGACGGUAAAGCAAACCAGUUCCGCGUUCGGCUCAUCGGGGAACAAUUUUUGUGCCWCUGUGUCGAUUUGGUCGCACUUAUUUCCGAUGAUGAAUGAAGUUAAUAUUGAUAUUUGAUACAAUACCGCUAACAUCGUCAACAGGAAAACUUCUAUCGCUGACCAGCUCCUCGCAAUUCUGGUAGCCAACAGAAAGUGCUGUUGCCACUUCAAUGUCAAAGGUAGAAGCAUUAGACAUAUUAGCAAUACCAAACACAGGAUGGGUGUGACGACUGUGAACAACAAGAAUGCAAAUUGUAGAAACAUAAUGCUAAMGCUGCGAGAAUUCUCGACACUCGACGGYAAUGCAAAUCCAAGCGAUAGAACGGAAUAGCUCGUCCUGCGCAUGUCUUCMCCCAACACAAUCCCGGCCAWGCCCCCAAUCUCAAAAGUAAAACUAUGUUGCAAAAAUCCCCAGCUUAGCAUAGCAAUUGUUGAAAACAUGGCCAGCAAAAGCAGCGCUUGGGCAAAUCKAGACAAUCGUUUCGAAUUGCUCCCGCCGUCGGCUUGUCGUAAUUUGAAUGCAUGAUUUACAAGCGAUCUUUUGGAACAAUCAAAACCAAUGGAAUUG